GCUUUAAAGCCGAGUAACGGCGGCAGGAGGAGGAGGAGGAGGAGGAGGAGGAGGAGGAGGAAGAGGAACGGGAGGAGGAGCGGCGACGAGUGGCGGAGCGGCGGAGGCAGGCAGGCUGGGAUCCGGUGUGCUACAUCGGGAUGAGAGCGAGACAGAGACCCGGGUCGGAUGAGUCAGCGAACGGAACUUGCCAUCCCGGCAUUCCUGAAAUCUGAAUGAAUCUGGCCGGAGCCGCGAGGCACGACAACAAAGAAAAAAUCUCCUAUUUUUUCGGUGGUUGUUGUCAGAUUCCGCCUCCUUUUAUUCCGCCCUCCCCUGGUCCGCGUCUGCCAUAGCCUAGUUUUGAUUUUCAUUUCCACCGAGGUGGGGAAAAAGGGGGUUGAGGAGAGGCUGCGGAGGAGGUGGAGGUUGUUUUUUCACUUUUGAAAGAAAUAUACAAGCGAAUAUCGGAAGAUAAAGCGGUUCCAGCCUCGCAUUUUUCAAGUCUUUUGUUGCGUUGAGUCGAGCGAAGAUGUCGGGGCAGAGCAUUACGGACAGGAUAACUGCAGCCCAGCACAGUGUAACGGGAUCCGCCGUGUCGAAAACAGUAUGCAAGGCCACCACGCACGAAAUAAUGGGUCCGAAAAAGAAACACUUGGAUUAUUUAAUCCACUGCACCAACGAGAUGAACGUGAACAUUCCCCAACUGGCUGACUCUCUCUUUGAGAGAACCACCAACACCAGCUGGGUGGUUGUGUUCAAGUCCCUCAUCACUACGCACCAUCUUAUGGUCUACGGGAACGAGCGUUUUGUCCAGUACUUGGCUUCAAGGAACACACUUUUCAACCUCAAUAAUUUUUUGGACAAAAGUGGACUACAAGGGUAUGACAUGUCUACUUUCAUCAGGAGGUAUAGUCGAUACCUGAACGAGAAAGCCGUGUCGUACAGACAGGUUGCCUUUGAUUUCACAAAAGUUAAACGCGGUGUGGAUGGUGUAAUGAGGACCAUGAAUACAGAGAAGCUGCUAAAGACUAUCCCCAUCAUCCAGAACCAGAUGGACGCCCUUCUCGAUUUCAAUGUCAAUGCCAAUGAGCUGACUAAUGGAGUCAUCAAUGCAGCCUUCAUGCUCCUCUUCAAAGACUCCAUCAGGCUUUUUGCUGCUUAUAAUGAAGGCAUUAUCAACCUGCUAGAGAAAUACUUUGACAUGAAGAAGACUCAGUGUAAAGAGGGUUUGGACAUUUAUAAGAAGUUUCUCACCCGAAUGACUAGGAUAUCAGAAUUCCUCAAAGUUGCUGAGCAGGUGGGAAUCGACCGAGGCGACAUCCCAGAUCUUUCACAGGCUCCCAGUAGCCUUCUCGAAGCUCUGGAGCAGCACUUGGCCUCUUUAGAGGGCAAGAAAGUCAAAGACUCUACUGCAGCCAGCAGGGCCAGCACUCUGUCAAACGCUGUGUCGUCACUGGCCAGCACAGGGAUGUCCUUCACUAAAGUGGAUGAGCGGGAGAAGCAGGCCGCUCUGGAGGAGGAACAGGCCCGACUCAAAGCUCUUAAGGAACAGAGGCUUAAAGAGCUCUCCAAGAGGCCGUCCUUUGCUACUACUGAUACAUCACCGAUCUCCACCACCGGGGGCACCAUCAGCACAGCACCAGCCAUUGACCUCUUUUCCACACCCAGCUGCUCUAAUGGUGCAGUGAAGAUGGAGAGCGACCUUUUUGACCUGCAGCCAACUUUCCAGCCCCCCCUUCAGUCAGGCUCCACAGGGCUUCCAGUGGCCACAGCGUGGGCAGAUCCUUUCACCUCUGCUGAAGCUGGAGAUGAUUCCAUGCCAAACCUUAACCCUUUCCUCUCAAAACUUGUUGUCGAUGCCACUCACUUACCUGUUGUGUCUUCAGACGGUGUUAGCUUUUCCUCUAGGACGUCUGGUCAUGAAAUGUUUGGCGAUCGUUACAAUCCCUUUAUUGAAACAAACUCAUCAGUUUCAACCAAUUACAAACGCACAGUGCGGAUAGAACACUCCAUCUCAGACUCCUUCUGUGGUCCAGUUUCCAUUGCUCAGCACCUUCCACAUCAGGCUCCCUUCCCCACUGAGCCCUCUACUGUAGCAGGUCUAUUCAGAGGAUACUCAACACCACAGGGCCCUCCACAACAGUCAGCAGGGGGACUCCAAGUGGACUUUGAAUCUGUUUUUGGAGCCAAAGCCGCCGGCAGCACUACCCUCAACUCCGAUGAUAUUGCCGGAGGCAUCCUGAAACCAACUCUUGCUGGCUCCAACCUGCCGUCCAAUCAGCCGGAAAAGCUGGUGUCAGAUGACCUGGACUCCUCUCUGGCCAACCUUGUUGGCAACCUCGGCAUCGGAAACGGCACGAUGAAGAAUGACAUCCACUGGAGCCAGCCGGGGGAGAAGAGGAUGACCGGCGGCACCAACUGGCAGCCCAAGGCGGCGCCCACCACGACCUGGAACCCCGUCUCCAUGGCUCCGUCGAUCAUGGCCUUCCCUGCCACCACCCCCACAAACAUGAUGGGAUAUGGCAUGCCUCCACAGAUGGGCUCUAUGGGGAUGAUGAAUCCGCCCACCAUGAUGUACACCCAGCCGGUCAUGAGGCCACCCAACCCCUUUGGCUCCGUGUCCAGCGCUCAGCCCUCCGCAGCCUCUAGUCCUUCCAGCCAGAAGCAUCUCUUUAGAUGCAGUUCAUGUAAUUUGAAGGAAGAGUCUCUCAGAAGACGAAGCACUUAGCAGCAAAACUUUGUCCUCGUUGCAGUCUAACUCUUCAGAGAAACAUCAACACCCCCCCCCCCCCCCCCCCCCCCCCCACCAAAAUCAGACACGUCAAGAACACAACGGUGCAGCGACAGUCAGAAAACCAUGGUAACCAUGUCCUAAUGGUGUUUGGCGAUAGCUCACACCCAUAAUUCUGUGAUAACUUGUCCGAGAUGUCGAGUGAUGCUGCUGUCUAACCCCCCCCCCCCCCUCCUUAAGAGGACUCCUUAUCCAUUUUACAGCGUAAUCUGUAAAGAUAGUUUGGGUGCUGAGAAACUAAAAUGUUAUGUAUUUGGAGAUACUGUGGUUGGAUGUAAAGGCUUUGAUGUCCAGCGGGGAGGGGGAUUGAGGAAAUAAAAAAGAAAAAAAGAAAAAAAAAGAGCAGCCCCUCCCUUUCUUGAUCCAAUCAUCAGUCAUCCACGCCCUGCGGUUAUUUAACUGUCACUAAGUAGUGAUGCUAAUGACGUUUACACCUGUUUAGUUUUUGUCUUUUUUACCGUGUUUACAGUAGACAUUCCUUGUGUGUUGUUUGUAUUUAUUUAUGAUUAUUGGUUUAAGAUUUGGGGGGGGGGGGAUUAUGUAAAAUCUACAGUUGAACACAUGUGGGAGUGCUUCAGCAUUAAACAAGGAUCUCAGACUAUCAUUAAGAGGUAGAGUUAAAAAUAGAUAUUAUAUGAAUUACACCUAUUAAGCGGAAUGAUAGAGCACUAAAUAUUCUCCGAGUUUUGUGUUAUGAAAAUUUUUCUACUAGAUGAAAGAUUUCACGAUCUCCGUUGUACUUACCAGUGCAGGGGUUAGAGUACGAGUCAGUUAACAGUAUAUAGUCGAUUCUGUGCCUAGGGUCUUACUUUGCAAUGGAUGGGUGUCCUGAACGGAAAAACACGUCGUCCACAGAUCUGAAGCGUGGCACUGGGUGGUGGGCUCCAUUUGCUUUAAGCUUGGCAUGCCAUUGACUCACUGACUGUAAUCAAGGCUGCCUUUACUCUGAAUGUGAACGAGUUGUCUUCAUGUUGCACACAUCUUUCCGCACUGCAGUUCCUCAGCCAGAGGUGCGUUGUGGGCUGGAGGAGGGCCUCUGCUUGCUGGUUGGCUCGUCCUCGCACUCGUGAGGACACUUAAGAGGGUCGCAGAUUCGAUGUAAAUUAGUUGUACAAAAAAAAAAAAAAAAGGAUCCCGGGGAGCAGGUUGGAGCGGAGCAGCACUGUUGAUCGGUGCCCUGUGUAUAUAAACACUGACUGUUCUUUGAGUGCAAAGGUGAAAGAUGUAUGAAAUAUGACAGCAAUUCAAUCAAAUUUGACUCUACCUAAGUUUGAUUCAGGAUAUUCUCUGCGUUUGUCUCCGCAGAUAUUUUCUUUAUGUAAUUAGAACGUGUAGCAGAUGAUGACUGAAGUUUUUUCUUUUCUUUUACAAAUAAAGAGCAGCUUCCACAAACA